AACCUAAACCCCGUGGUGUUGUAAAAUGCCGUGAGGUGCGGCCGGCGGGGCCUGAGGGACAGAGCCUGGGCCCGGUCCCGCUCCAUAUGCCCGGAACCGCCCUGUCCCGCUCCAUGUGGGGCCGCUCCUCGUCUACAUCCUCUUCAUCCUUCUACUAUGGCUCGGAAAACAGUUAGCAGGAAGCGGAAAGCGGCGGCGGCUGCCGCCGCGGGGACCGGGGGACUCCAGGGGGAGCAGUACGGGUGGGAUCACUCGGUUCACAAAAGGAAAAGGCUCCCUCCGGUGAAAAGGUCUCUGGUGUACUACGUGAAAGGGAGAGAGGUCCGGAUGCAGAAUGAGUCCAGCUACCACCGCUUGUUGCAUGGAUAUGCGGCCCAGCAGCUCCCCAGCCUCCUGAAGGAGAGGGAAUUUCACCUUGGAACACUCAAUAAAGUGUUUGCUUCCCAGUGGCUGAACCACCGACAAGUCGUGUGUGGGACAAAAUGCAACACGUUAUUUGUAGUAGAUGUCCAGACUAGUCAAAUUACGAAGAUUCCUAUCCUGAAGGAUCGUGAACCCGGCAUGGUGAACCAGCAGGGAUGUGGCAUUCAUGCCAUUGAGAUCAACCCCUCGAGGACCCUCCUGGCCACAGGUGGAGACAACCCCAACAGUCUUGCAGUUUAUCGUCUGCCUACACUUGAUCCUGUCUGUGUGGGAGAUGAUGGACACAAGGACUGGAUAUUUUCAAUUGCGUGGAUCAGUGAUACUAUGGCUGUUUCUGGUUCCCGGGAUGGUUCCAUGGGUCUCUGGGAAGUCACAGAGGAUGUGUUAUCCAAAAGUGAUGCCAGGCAUAAUCUCUCUCAAGUUCCUGUCUAUGCCCACAUAACGCACAGUGCUCUGAAGGAUAUCCCCAAGGAGAACACCAAUCCUGACAAUUGCAAAGUUCGAGCAUUGGCUUUCAACAAUAAGAACAAGGAGCUGGGAGCUGUGUCCCUGGAUGGAUAUUUUCAUCUUUGGAAGGCAGAGCACACUCUAUCAAAGUUACUUUCCACAAAGUUGCCAUACUGCAGGGAGAACGUGUGUUUGGCUUAUGGUCAGGAGUGGUCAGUGUAUGCAGUAGGAUCACAGGCACAUGUUUCCUUUCUGGAUCCGAGGCAGCCUUCUCACAACGUUAAAUCCGUUUGUUCCAAAGAACGAGGCAGUGGUAUCCGCUCAGUGAGCUUCUACGAGCACAUCAUCACUGUGGGGACAGGACAAGGGUCCUUGCUGUUUUAUGAUAUCAGAGCCCAGAGGUUCCUGGAAGAAAAGCCCCCCCGUGCCUGCUAUGGACAGAAGCAGAAAUUAGGAGGAAGUGAAAUUUUGAAGUUGACAACUGGGAAAGGCUGGCUGAACCAUGAUGAAACCUGGAGGAAUUAUUUUUCUGACAUAAAUUACUUCCCAAAUGCUGUUUACACCCACUGCUACGACUCGUCUGGAACGAAACUCUUUGUGGCAGGAGGCCCUCUUCCCUCAGGACUUCAUGGGAAUUAUGCUGGUCUCUGGAGCUAAUGAUAACUCUUCAUUCUGAUGCUGAUCUUUACACAGAUUUCCACUUUUCUUUUCCUUUUUUUAACAGCAAAAUUGUGUGAUGCCAUUAAUUCCUGAUUUAAACAGAAGUUAUUUUUUGGCAGAGUUUUCUGUUGGUCUCCAACAGUUUUGUACAUCUUUUUGAACUAGUUUUUGCUUUAACCUCCUAGAUCCUUUAUAUGGAGGGGUUUUUGAGUCCUUUUUUAUUGUAUUUACUCCAAAUGACUCUUCCCCCCAUUUAGGCUGUCUUGGCCAUGUGUCCCCUCCUCUACUUUGCUGUGAGGUAGGAUUUCUUUCUUACAGAGUGGUUGCUCCUGAGCUUUCUGUGAAAGUCUUGGGGCUGCACGUGGGCAGGUACUUUGUGUCAGUUUCAUUACCUGGAGUGAGGACUACUUGUAAUUAAAAAUUAUUAAAAAUAUUUAUAAGAGAUAAGCUACUGCAGAGCCUGGCCCUGGCCUAGGUUGAUCGUAUUUUUUAAAAGUACAAGUCUAAUGACACUGUUUAUAUAUAGAGGGAUAUGGUAAUUUUAAGUUGUACUCACUGGAGCCCAGGGAUGGAUUCCCUAUGAGUAUUGCCCAUCAAAUCCAAAUUGGCAGGAGUUCUUAAAAGUGUGUUUAUGUUCAAAUGGUAGUUUUCAGCAGUGCUAGGAGCAAAAAGCGAUUUGUUUCUUCAUUGCUUGUCCCAGGUAUCAGCUUGCACAACUGGAAUUUGUACAGUCUGUUCUGCAGCAUGGCUGUUGCAGGGUAACAUUACAUUGAGGGCUGCAGAGAUGCUGAGAGGAAAUGGGGGCUAGUUAUUCAAACUGAACUAAAUCUAUCUGUUCUCCAGAUGAAUAUGGUUUCUUAAGUAUGCUGUUAGGGUAUCUUAUAAGCUCUUCAUAAAUUGCCUAAAACCUAGGACCUUUUUUAUCCCAGGUUGUGGAAAUUUUUCCCCUUUUUGCUGUUCUGGUUGGCCAUCUGCUCAAAUAAGCCAAUGGAAUAAAUAAACUAUUUUUUUUCCUCCAAGAACAAAGACUGCAUCUCAGACUUUACUAAUGCAAGCGAGAAGCUUUCUGUGAAGGAGGGUAGCUUGGUGUUCACUCAUUUUGUGCUAGCAUAUGGUGUAGGAGAGGCUCAGGCUUUUUCAGAAUCCCCUGCUGCCUUCUGCGUUCAGACUGCCUCCAACUUCACCUGGGACUGCGAGGGGAGAACAAGUCCAAUGCCCUCCAUGUCCUGCUGUGAAGUGUGAUGGUCUUAUCCAAUACUCAGCUGAAAUGCAAGACUCCAGGGUGUUCCUUUUGGCAGGCACCAAACUCUCAGCUUGUUAGUGAUGUCUCUGUUCUCUGCUGGAAUUAAUGCCUGUCCCCUGACACUGGUGGAGCAAAGUGUGCCUAUACCUCACAGCUUUGGUGAGUAUUUUUUGCCAAAUGUGCAGUUGGUAGAAACUGAGAGGAGAGGCAAGGCUGAGACAUGCUCUGUUCUCCCAUCUCUGUGUGAAAUCACAGCUACCACUGCAGUUCCUGCCCACAGCCCAGAGCUAUCUGCAUGUGUUGUUGCAGUCUCAUCAUUUUCAUGCUCAGUGUCUUCAUCAGUAACACCAGGCAGUCAGCAUCAGGCUUAAGUUCCAGCUGGUAUGGAGACCUGAAUGGAAAACCCACAAGCAGUGCAGGUCCCUCUCACUGGGGUGGAAAUCCUGCCAAGAGAAGAACUCUGUUGCAGAAGUAUAAUUGGCACUGAGCAUUAAUACAGGUGCUUUGCAAGCAGAUCAUCUUCCAGUGCUUUAUAAUACUUCCCAUCGUGACCUGGUUGCUUAAACUGCAUCAGUUCAAGGUACUGUGUGUAUGGCUAGACAGGCUUUUCUCUGAAAAGAGAACUACAUAUACCAUAGUGUAGCUUUGGUUAUUUCAGGGGCUUAGAAAAGUGGAAGUAUAUGAAGAAAAGCAAGUCUUGGAGAAGAAUGGCAGGAUUUGUAUUUCUACAACUACUGUGCAAGAUCAUUCUUACACAAGGAACAUGUUCUGCUUUGGUUUGGGGUUUUUUUAGUUGGUUUUAAAUUUUUUAAAUUAAUUUGAAGUUUUUUGCUUUGUUUUUUUCUAAGAAGCUAGACACUUGAGUCUACCUGAGUGUCCUCCAGUUCUGCUGAAGCAACAGGUAGUAGCUAGCCAUUUAGUGUCAGCAGUGCCAAAGGGAGACUCCUGGUCUGGAAAUUCUAGUCUUGAUGUUAUUCAAGCAUAUUUUAGGUCACGAUAUGAGAAGAAAAAGUAUGUGUAUGGCCUUCAAACACAGAGGCUCAUUUUUCUGCAGUCUCUAGGCUACUGAAGAGGCACUACUGAAAACUGGGCCUCCCUGCUGACUGUGAUCUCCACAAGUACCUCAGUAUGUGCUCCUAAAGCCUAGUAAUAUGAGUGCCCUUUUCCUCCUUUUUUUUUUUUCAUAGAAGGCUCUGCAAAUUCUCAGAUGAAUCUGGACAAUGACAUAAAAUUCCUCAAGUCUCACGUGCUUUUGUGUAUUCUGUUUUCAGGAUGCUUUCUUUCAAAAAUACCUUCUUGUGGUAAGUGGGCAGCCAUCUUUGUUGCUGUAUGAAAAUCCCCACAAAAAUCUAGGAACCAAACCAGAUAGUGCUGCACACACACAAACAAUUUGGGCCAGAGGCAACUUCAUUUUUAGCUAGUUUCAGUCAUUAUAAACACUUAUAACAAUAUAGAUGUUAAAUUUCAGAAUAUUUCUGUGAUUGGUUGUACGUAACUUUUGUUCCAAUCACUGUUAGAAACUGAGGCACAGAAAGAUUGUAGUGAUAUGCCUAUUGUCCAAAGAUAAGUAAUAGGAGAAAAACUGAAUUUUUCUUGACUUUGAUUUCAUUGCCGUGUUGGGUUAGAUAUCUACUGAAAUUCAGGAUCAUAGUUAGAAAUGAGUGGAUUUCCUAUCCAAGUGCAGGAAUGGCUGCAGAGCAGGAAGCCUCCAUCACACCAUCUUAUCUUUUCCACUCUUUCUUCCAGAUUUCCCUCCCUUGGUCUUUCUGCUAGAAUGGUUUGUUUGAGGUUGCCUCCUCCAACCCAAGUCAUACCAGUCUUUGCUGUAGCAAUAUUGUCCUUGCAGAGGUGACCUCUGUUGGGCAGGAACAGGCUUGCUGGCAUUUUGUCAACCUGUGCUCAAAGACCUUCAAUUUGCUUUAUUUUAACUGGGUAGAAGUUGAAGGCUGGCACAGACUGUUGAACUGGGAAGUUGCCCUUGUAUGUGUUUGACUGAUAUGAUUACACAGUAGCAGUCUGUUCAGGGUGGGGAAUACACUCUGGUUUAUCUGGCUUGAAGGAGAGAACUUUCAGCAUAACAUGUUUUCACACUGGUUGCUAUGGACUUCUCAGUCAUGUGGGAUCUUCUGUGCUACCAGUAAGUUUAGCAAGCUUAAUUUUUACUGUUCGGCUGUUUCCAGUAGACUACCAUGUUAAUUUGGGUAUUUUUGGGUAUUACAUUUUCAGUAUUCAUGACAGGUAAUCAAACUAGUUACUCAGUUAUGGGUUUGGUAAUACCUAGCUUGUAAAUACUGGGUAGCAACUCUCCAGUAACUGCUGGAUGUUAUGUCAUGGGAUAUUCCUGAGGAAUCAGGAGCUACUUUGCUGUGUUGGCUUGAGCACAGUAAUAAGGAUUGUGCUCAGCCUCUUCACUGAACACCUUGUUCCUGUAAUCCCUCCAAGUUUCUCCCUCGUACAGUCAAAUCUUGUUGGGAGAAUUGCUAGUGCUCUCCUCAGGUGCUUUCUGGGAUUGCAGUAAAGAAGUGAAUCCAUUUGUUUGGUUCCCUCAUCAGUGCUGCUGGUGUUAGUUUGAGGUGAGUCAAUUACCAAAGAAUAAUUGAUAGUACAUUUUUGUUCCUAGUCUCAGUUGUUCGUUUUCCUCACAUAUCUAUUUUUAAGAUCAUUGCAAGAGUGCCCAGUGAUCUUACUAGACUUAGUCUGUUCACAAAGGUUGCUCAUAUUGUGGGUGACGCUUGUGGCUCUCUUCAUGAGAGGAACUCCUGAAGUGCAUUUAGGGGUUUAUAUUUGCUGCCUCAAUUUUAGGUCUUUGGCAGCUUUUUGUAUCUAAAGGAUUAAGAUACUUGGGGAUCAUUCUCUACCAAUAUUUCAUCCUGUUUCUUCACCUGAGCACUUGCUUUGUCUGUAGCUUGCAGCUGCAAAGUUAACAGAUUAAAUUUAUGAUCCAGCUAUGUCGAGUGAUGCUUUGGUGUCUUAAUUUGUGCCACUCAGCUGAGAGGCAUUUACAGGCCUUUUGAGCUGCUGUGCCUCACCUGGUGCAGGUGUGAAACAAAGCAGGCUUGCCUAGAUCCUUUAAGAGGUCACUUGUUUGCUUUGUUUGCAAGAAACCAAGGACAGGUGGGCUGCAUGUAGGAAAGCAGCAGCAUCUUUCAGCAGCCAGGUGGGAGGUCUGUUUUUAGUGGUCUGUUACCCUUAUUUUCAAUAAAUGCACUUUUCCAAGGUGUCUGAUGUCUUCUUACUUAGCUGCUUUUGCAAUUGCUGCUAUGACCGAAUUACUGGACUGGGGUACAGCUUGUUCCUAAGGAACUCUGUUGCAGAGCUGUGUGUCAUGCAGGUGGAACUGAUCCUCUGACCAGCCCAUGCUGAGCCAGGGGCUCCUGAGCUACCAGGCACAAACUUUUUAGCUUAAAGCCAAGUGAAAGUCCCUUGUGCCCCGCUGACCACCCCACAGUCUGAGCCUGUGGUGUAACCUCAACUUAAAAUGCAUUUCUGAGUGUUCAUGGUGCCCUCAGUAACUUAUCUGAAGUUCUGAAGUAGACACCCAGGACAAGGGAGUGUGGAAAAGAGAACACAGCCACAUCUUGUGUGAGGUGCUCUCCUUUCCCCUGUACAUGAGCACUUUGUGUGGUGAGGAUGGGCAAGGAACACCAGAGAAACAGUAAAAGGCAAACAGUGUUUGGUAUGGCUCUCAGUACUCCUGAAGAAUUUAAAAACCAGAGGGGAUACAUCAAUGCUUAAUCAGAAACAUCGUUGAGAGAUCAAGUAUAUAUCCCUGACAUUCCUGACUCUCUGUGUUAUUUUUUGAGGAUAAAAUUAGGAAAUAUCUUUUUGCUUGUGAUGUUGGGUUUUUUCAGGAAAACCAAUUAAAAAUUAAAAAUUAAAAAUUUUUUAAUUAAAAAAAUGCUCUUGCAGAAAGGAAUCUUCCCAUUUCCUAACUGCCUUUCCCACUAGUAUCCUGCUGGGAGCAGUAUGGUCUAAGAAAGUGCACACAGAUUUAAAAUGGAGUGGCGGGGUUGGCAGAGUUGGGAAGAAUGUGGGCUGUCUGACUGUUUCUAUACCCGAAAACCCACCAACACUUGAUUGCAUACAAAUUGUGGUUGCUGUACUGAAACUGAGAGGGUGUAUAAAACCCCUUGCAACACAGUGCAAUGUCUUUAAUCCAAGAUUGAAUUGAUUCUUUUCUCUUCAGGAUGAAAAAUUUAGGAGUAAGUACAGUGUUUUCUUAGGAACUGCUUUUCUAGAUUCCCUUACUAAAAGGGAAAAUUCAGGUGCUGAAUCUUACAAUCUCAUUAAACUUGUACUUUUUAUUUGCCCAUUCACCUGGUCUCUUUUCAUUUUUCAAGGCCUCCCACAGUCUCAGGGUAUAAAUCACUAUGACUCAUCCAAAUAGUACCGAAACGGACCAACCAGAGGUUAAUGUGCCUUCCUCUUCUGGUACCUUGAUCUUUAUAGUUAUCUCAAAUUUGCCGCUGUCUUAGGGCUGGGUACAUGCAUUGUCUUUUUCUAAGAUGUAUGUGUUGAAAUUGCAACAGGUUUGUACUGUUACUUGUGACUUGUUCCAUUUCUGUUAGGAUGUGGUGUAGACAAAUCAAUGCUCUGGUUGGUCUUGGUAUCUUGCCAGUGACACAUGUCAGUCUGUGCUUGUGUGUUCAUAUGUAGAUACAUGCUGGAUCUUCCCCACUGCCUGUGGUGCAUAAGAUGCACAAAAUACACAAGAUGUUUUAAAAUGCGCAGUGACCAUAAGUUGUUGCCUGAAGGUAGGAUGUCCUACAGUGAACUGUUUUUAAUGUUAUUUUCCCAAAUAUUUUUAAUAAGAUCCAAAGCCUUGAGGAAAAAAGAACCUAAUCAGGACUUGCUGAUAUUUGAUGGCUUUUGUUCUGAAGCCAGGGUCUGAUGUUUGUUAACAACUCCUCCAAAUUCACCCAUCUAACAGGCUUUCUCAGCUUGUUUCUGUCAUGAGCUGUAUCAGAAACAGUACUGAAUCCUGAACUAUCACAGAAGCUGUCAAGAAAAGUAGUAACAGUUCUAUUCAAAUAUUAAAGUGCACAUUUUUUAACUGUAAAAUAAACCUGUUCCAAGUAAUUGAUGCAGCUUGCAAAUGGAACAGUGGGAAAUUGCAGAUAGAAUGUGAAGCCAGCCUGUCUGCACAUGGUGCUCAGUGUUCUAUUACCUUGCAAAUUGUUUCUCCCCUCUGAAAAGGCUUUUUUUGUUGUUGUUUUUUUCAACACAAAGACAUUACAUUUGGCCUAGUUUUCUAAAGAUAUAUUUGUUUACAAACUUCAAACUGACAUCUGGAAUUUGGGCUGAGUUUCUGACUCUUACGAAGACAGUACAAUUGAUACAUUAUGUCUUAUAAGAGCAUAGAAACAAGAAUAUAUCACUUGAUGUGACCUUCCAUGGACUAUGCAUAAUUAACUGAACUACAGUAGUGCACUCUGUUGAUCCAUGAGGCUACCUUUGUUAUUAAAAUCAGCAUGAUUAGUCAUCAGUGUAUUGACAUUAAUACAUGGUCAUGGAGCUCUAAGGUCUGUGUGUUUUCUGUGCUAUCUGUUCUCUCUCUACCUGUUCUGUCUGCAAUGCAAGUUCUUUUUGCUUCAUCGUAAUUUCAGAGUUCCUUUAAAUUCCUUGAGGUGCUGUUUUUGUGACAGUCACUUUUCUGAGUAGAACAAAUGGUUUAACUUUGUUUUCUGUCUUUAGCAUCUUCCUCUUCUCCCAUUUCUUCCUAGUUCACCAGUAACAAACAAAGCUGUCUUCCUACUCUGAAAAUUAUUGAAUCAUAAUAAAAAGAAAACCUGUAGCCCAAUGUGGUAAGAUCAGUAUGUGCUUUUACUGUAAACUUUUGUGGCUGGAUGCCUGCCUCCACUCUAGCAAGUAUUGCCUGCCUUGCACAGUCUGCAGAAGCUGAAAUCCUCUUCCAUCUAUACUGUUCAAUGGAUAUCAGCAGAUCAAGAAGUGGAGGUGCCCUGUGCCUUCACCCAGUGUGUUUGUCAAACUGAUCUGUAAUGGUUUAGCCAGAGAAUUGGCAUCUUCAACUGCUAGUCAAAGUUUUGACUAAAGGUUUCAUUCAGGGCAAUACCAGGAGGGUGAGUUGCUGACUUGAUCCCAUGUAGAGGCUUCCUCCAGAGAUUUGUUUUUUGGGGGGUGAAAGUAUAAAAGAGUAGGGAUGUGAGCAAAACAAUAACUCUGUGCUCAAAAGAGAGAAGUUUUUCUAAUGUACUUUGGCCAGCAAGAAUGACAAGGGCUGGCUAUGCUCAGAGGUCAGCUGGCAAUGGAAUGCUUGAAGGGUAAGUCUUGAGGAUUUGUGCCAUCAUGCCUUAGAUCACUGCAAACUAAUUGCUCUCAGAGCUUUCAAAACUGGUGGUCAUCCCUUUUCAGAUGAGAUGUGAAGAUGGUAUGCAGAAAAACCAGUUUCCCCAGUGGUGACUCCAUCUUCCCCUCAACAUUCAAGGUUACCAGUGCACUUGUCUUUGUUUUCAUGAGUGACUAUGACUAAUGUGCUUCACAGCUGCCACCAGCCCCCUCCCCAUGCUUUGUGCAGGGAUGAUUGAGUGAAAGGGCCUUGUCUGCAUUGUCCUCCACUUGGCUGGCUGUUGACAGUGGGGGGAUGUAACAGGCAGCUGUGAUUUACAGCUUCAGCUGGUUGCUCUGGGCUUUGCUCACAUUGCAAGUGGAUAGUGGGAAAGAACUGGGUAAAUAACUUCUGGUGGGCUUUGUCCCUAUUGUUCAAAAUGCUGUCUCCAGUCACAGUCUCUUGUCCCAGCCACACAUCUUCUCACACUGCUGCUUGGGACUUGAGCAAGUUCCCUGUUCUCUCAUGGUGUACUAGUUCAGGUACCAAGUUCUGCAAAGCCUGGGGGCACCUGUUAGAGCCCUACUACACUUUGAAACUUCUACUGGCUGAGGCAGUGAUUUGCUGAACUGGUACCUUGCUCACAGUGUCCUUAUUCUUUUUAUUCAGCUCUAGGUAUCUUCUUGGACUGCCAUAUCCUUUCAGUCCAAAAAGAUCUGCUCUAAAGUCACAAUUGCUCCAUGGAGUUGAUUCCUGUACUGCUGGUUAUUGCAAUUCAGUAGCUUUUUCUUGUUUCUGUUCUGGGUUCACUGCAAAUGUACAAAACCAUACUGACUUUCUCAACUCCUGAACAUAGUACAGGAGCCCAUUCUGAGGCAUCAGAAUUACUUGUCUACUCUCAAGGUACACGGAAACAAGGAUCUCUUAUACAAACAAGGAGGAAAGCAGCUGCAUAUACACAAGUAGAAAGGUAUCUCUGAGUAGAAUAGGUGAGGGAGCAGCUUCUGAAUUUUAAGUAUAAAAUCAGUAAUUGAGGGGUUUUUUGUUUCUUUCUUAAAAAUUGUUUUAACAUGAAGUUAGGUGGUGGUUUAAGCCACAGAAAGUUGCAAUGUAAACUGAGAUUUUCUGUCUGUCAAUGCAAAAUGUGCCUCUCAACUAAAAUGCAAAGUCAGUCUCUUUUGCUCUGUUGUUUGCAAUGGAAGAAGAUUAUCUGAAGACUGAUUUAAUGUGUUUCUUGCUCUUACAUGUAAUCACCCACACAACAGUCCUUGCUGCUCUUUCCCAUGCAAUAUUCAGCACUAUACCUAUUUAAAAACAAAACAUUGAGUAGUGGAACCUAAUGAAUUUCCUUGGUUUGAGAGAGACCCUGGAGAUAACAGUCUAGGUUCCAUGUGUUUUAAAUAUAACUUUAAACCAAUGCAGCUAUUCUCUCAGACCAGCACAGCUUCCUACCUUUCCCUCCAUUUACAUGGGAAUUUAAAAAUAAACCCAGCAAUACAUGAGCCAGUUGAUGUCCUUGCAGAUGGAACAUGGUUUUUUUUUAAAUUUGAAGAUUGAGAUUUCUUGUGUGGAAGAACUCACUGUGGAUGCAAGAGUGUGGAGUUCAGAUUACAGCUCUUCUGCUAGCUUGUUUAAUGCAAUUAAGUAUUCCAGACUCUUUUGAAGAAGACUGUGUAGAGCUGUGAAGGCAUAGAGUGGAACUGAUAAUUUUAAAUUUUAGGUCGUGUGUGUUGCUUGACUACAUGGGCAAUGUAACAGUAAUUUUUAUAGAUUGGUUUCCAUGUGUCAAUCACAAAUAAUUUGCUCUUUGGAGGAAAACUUCUGGUAGAUACAUUUCCAGAUCAAAUUACGAGCCUAUUUUCCCUCUUGCAUUAAUCAGGUUACUGUGUUCAUAUGCCAGAAAGAUGUUGCUCCUUGAAGAAGCAUGUUAGUGUAUGUGGCAAUGCCCCAUGCACUUUUUAAAUACCUAGACCUGUACAGUCUCAUCUGAGUAUUGUUAACCAUGCUGUAGUCUGACAAAUGAAUAUUUUACUACUGCCCUGUUACACAGAUAAUUGUAAUUAACUGCAGUUUGUUUUUUUCCAAUACUUGAAGUUGUGUAAUCUGAAAAUCGGUGAACAAAGAGUAUUUGUGCAUCUUACUAUGGGUAUCUCUAAAUAAAAUGUAUUUGUAUAGUG